AAGGGACGCCCACAGUUGUUUGAGCGUACGUGACAAUAUGAAGCUCUACAUUCUUAUAGCAUUCGCUGUCACUGCAUUCGCGGCUUCGGACCUUCCUGAGCAAUGCCAACUGCCAGCCCACCCGGGAUUCUGCAAAAUGUUGUUGCUGAGAUGGUGGUACAACGCAGAGAAAGGCCAGUGCGAGGAGUUCUUCUUUGGCGGUUGCUCCGGAAAUGCGAAUAAUUUCGAAACGAAAGAGCUGUGCGAACAUACAUGCUCCGUACACGCACAUAACCAAAGGCGCAAGAGAAGAAUCGAAACCUAUACGGAUUAUUUACUUCGUUUAACCGGACCUGUUUGUGAACGGCUACCCUUCAGAGGUCGUUGCGAGUAUGCUAUCGAAAGGUUCUACUAUAACCCCGCAAGAAAAUCGUGCCGUACGUUUACCUGGAGUGGCUGUGGCACCAACCUGAACAACUUCAAGACCGAAAAAGCUUGCAUGGAGGCUUGCGGGCCACGCAAGCCACCAACUCGAAAGCCCAUAAUGUAGUAAUCAAUACAAGGCAGAAAAUAUACAAUAUAUUCACUUUACU